GGCGAUAAGAGGCAAAGGCACUAGGCAGGCGUCUCGUCGUAGACUAGUUACUUCUGUUUUAAUUUGUGCAAGAUGAAGAGAGCAGAGCUUGUGUUCAUCCCUGCCCCUGGAAUGGGUCACCUCGUAUCCACACUCCAGUUUGCAAAACGUUUACUUGAUCGAGAAGACCGUUUUUCGAUCACGGUUCUCGUCAUUAACGCGGAGUUUGGACCCACCAACCAUGGGCUCGUACAGUCGAUUGCUGCCUCCGACACCCGUGUAAGAUUUAUUCAUCUUCCUCAAAUAGAUCCUCCCCCGAAAGAGCUUUUCUUUAGGUCCGUUGAGAAAUUCGUCACCGAUUUCAUAGAGAAAUACAGAAGUCAUGUCAAAGAAGCUAUCAUCAACCAUGUGUUAUCCGCUUCGCUUCCACUUGCCGGGUUGGUGGUCGAUAUGUUCUGCUCCUCCAUGAUUGAUGUGGCUCACGAGCUUGGUGUCCCGUCUUAUGUCUUCUUCACUGCUAAUGCUGCCAUUUUUGGCUUCAUGCUCUACCUUCCAACCCGGCUUGACCAGGUCCGCAUUGAGUUUAGGGAAAUAGAUCCCGAGUCAGUCAUUCCGAGUUAUGUCAACCCAGUUCCUCCAGGUGCUUUGCCUUCAUUUGCGCUCAACAAGGAAGGUGGGCACAUCUCCAUGGCAAAUCAUGGUAGAAAGUACAAAGAGGCCGAUGGUAUUAUUAUCAACACGUUUUCUGAGCUGGAAUCUCAUGCGGUAAGCUCCUUUUUUAACGGAAUUAUACCUCCGAUUUACACAGUGGGACCGAUUAUUGACCUCGAGGGUAAGACGCCUUCAGGAGAUAAAGAGGCCAAGCAUGAGGAGAUAAUGAAGUGGCUUGAUGAUCAACCUCCAUCAUCAGUGGUUUUCUUAUGCUUUGGAAGUUUGGGAAGCUUUGGAGAACCCCAAUUGAAAGAGACUGCCCUUGGGCUCGAGCGGAGCGGCCACCGGUUUCUGUGGUCAGUACGUUUGACAUCUCAAGAUGAUAACUUAGCCAAACCUACUGAUGCCCAGAAUCUCGAGCAAAUCUUGCCACCAGGAUUCCUGGAAAGAACAAGAGGCAUUGGAAUGAUAUGUGGGUGGGCUCCACAAGUGGAGGUCCUUGCCCACAAAGCUAUCGGAGGGUUUGUGUCCCAUUGUGGGUGGAACUCGAUCUUGGAGAGCCUGUGGCAUGGUGUACCUAUUGCUACUUGGCCUCUUUAUGCGGAACAGCAAACCAAUGCAUUCCAGAUGGUGAGGGAUCUGGGGUUAGCAGUGGAGUUGAAAAUUGAUUACAGGCUUGGUAGUAGCAUGCUUGUGAUGGCCGAGGAGAUAGAGAAGGCGGUGAGAUGUUUGAUGGAAGCUGAUAGCGAGGUGAGAAAGAGGGUCAGAGAGAUGAGUGAAAAAAGCAGAGAGGCUGUAAUUGAAGGUGGAUCUUCAUAUGCAUCACUGGGUCGGCUGAUUGAGGCUAUAAUGGCAAACAAUACAGCAUCUGCGAGGAAGUGAGUGAAUUGCUGCAUGUUAAGGAAUUUCAAUGUUUGAAAGUUCUAUAGUGUUGUAUCCAUUCAUUGAAUAAAUAUAAUGAUCUUUCAAAAUGCGUUUGAAUAA